GUGAUUCGUUGGAAGCAAUGUCGGAAGCAAGCACUCGUAUCGCUAUUGUGGAUGGUGAAAAGUGUAAACCUAGCCGUUGCAAUUUGGAAUGUAAGAGAUACUGUCCCCUUGUGAAGAUGGGGAAGCUGUGUGUAGAAGUCAAGUCUACCUCCAAGAUCAGUUUCAUCUCGGAAGAGCUGUGCAUUGGAUGUGGUAUUUGUGUGAAGAAAUGCCCCUACAAGGCAAUCAGCAUUAUCAAUCUUCCUAAAAGUCUUGAGAACGAAACGACACACCGAUUCGGACCGAACUCUUUCAAGCUGCACAGACUUCCCAUUCCUCGUCCGAAUCAAGUGUUAGGUUUGGUCGGAACGAACGGUAUCGGUAAGUCGACAGCCCUGAAGAUCCUUGCGGGCAAGCUGAAGCCGAACCUGGGUAGCUUCAACAACCCUCCGGAUUGGGAAGACAUUUUGAAGUAUUACCGCGGCAGUGAGUUGCAGAACUACUUAAAGCGAAUUCUGUUGGACGAUCUGACGGCGGUGACGAAGAUCCAGUACGUGGACAUCAUUCCGAAGCAUCUCCGCGGGCAAGUGGAGAAGCUGAUCAACGCGCGCGACAAGCGUGGGAUCCGCGACUCGAUCUGCUCUGUGCUGGAGCUGAACCACCUCAUGAGUCGUGACAUCGACCAGCUCUCUGGCGGUGAGCUUCAGCGCUUCGCGAUCGCGAUCACCGCCAUGGCGAAGUCGGACGUGUACAUGUUCGACGAGCCGUCGUCCUACCUGGACGUCAAGCAGCGUCUGCGCGCCGCCGAAGUGAUCCGCUCGGUGCUGGAGGCGAAGGACGGCGUGUACGUGAUCGUCGUGGAGCACGACCUCGCCGUGCUGGACUAUCUCUCCGACUUCGUCUGCGUGCUGUACGGCCGUCCCGGCGCGUACGGCGUGGUCACGAUGCCGUUCAACGUGCGCGAUGGCAUCAACGUGUUCCUCGCGGGCUUCGUCCCCACCGAGAACCUCCGCUUCCGCGAGCUGGAGCUGACCUUCAAGGUGGCGCAGACGGCGGACGACGUGAAGAAGGGCAAGCGCGACAGUCUGUACGAGUACGAGGCGAUGACGAAGACGCUGCAGGGGAAGGGACACAAGUUCGUUCUGCACGUGGAGAAGGGCAACUUCAGCGAGUCGGAGAUCAUCGUGAUGCUCGGAGAGAACGGAACCGGCAAGACCACCUUCAUCCGCAUGCUCGCCGGACUCAUGAAGAGCGACGAGGAGGAGGCUGGCCGCGCCCCGUCCAUCCCCGCGCUCUCCGUGUCGUACAAGCCGCAGACGAUCUCUCCGAAGUUCCAGGGCUCCGUGGAGGACCUCUUCCAGACGAAGAUCCGCGCCGCGUACAUCCACCCGCAGUUCCAAACCGACGUGCUGAAGCCGAUGAAUCUCGACGGAAUCAUGGACCAGCCGCUGUCCGUGCUGUCGGGAGGUGAGCUGCAGCGCGUGGCGCUGGUGCUGGCGCUCGGCAAGCCCGCGAAUAUCUAUCUGAUCGAUGAGCCGUCGGCGUAUUUGGACUCCGAGCAGCGUAUUGUGUGCGCGCGAAUUAUCAAGCGAUUCAUUCUGCACGCGAAGCGCACAGCGUUCAUCGUAGAGCACGAUUUUAUUAUGGCGACCUAUCUGGCCGAUCGCGUGGUGGUGUACGAGGGACAGCCGGGCGUGGAGUGCACGGCGAAGUCGCCGGAGAGCUUGCUGACGGGAAUGAACCGAUUCUUGAAGCAUCUGUCGAUCACGUUCCGACGCGACCCGAAUAACUACAGACCGAGAAUUAACAAGAUGGACUCGCAGAAGGAUAAGGAGCAGAAGGCGAGCGGAAACUAUUUCUUCAUGCAGGAUUAAGGGAAGGGACAGAGAGUUUUGGG